GCACGAAUUCUGCAAACGCCCAUGCAUGAAUUCAUGCAGCCUAGAAAUACACACACCUGUUGAUCUUCGUCGCACGUCGACCUGCAAAUUCUUCGCUCAUCUCUGACGAAACAUUAGAAGAUCAUCGUCAACCUCUGUCUGGUCGAUCGAUCGGCACAAGCUAAUAAGUUCGGUCGCGCCGCGCGCGCCUACCCACAAUGCAAAUGGCAGGGUCGUCGUCGUCGUCGUCGUCCCGCUCCGUCCUGCUCCUCGCCGUCUUCGCGGCGGCCGUGGUGGCCGCCUUGUCCGCCGCCCCCGCCCCGGACGAGUCCGGCUCCGACGCGAGCGUGAUGGCGCCCGUCGAGCACACCCCGAUCGGCUCCUUCGAGGGCGCCGACGGGCCCGUCGCAGACGACGCCACGGAGGACAAGGACGCCGCGCCCGUGGGGUCCCCCAUCGGCACCACCAUGACGGAGCCCAAGCCGGAGCUCGCGCCCCCGGGGCCUCCCGGCAGCGGAGCCACCGCUGCUUCCGCGCUCGUGGCUGCAGUCGCCGCCGCCAUGGCGGCCGCCGGCGCCGUCGUCUUUGCCUUCUGAUCGAGAGGAGGUCGUGGGUGCAUGCAUGCACACACGCACCUUGUUUCCUUCCUCUUUUCUUUGUCUUUUCCAUUUCGAUCUCUUUCGUUCAGUCACUUGAGACUCAGCCUAUCUGUGAGGGACUGAUGACUAAUUGACGGGAAAUUCCUAGUACGUAUCUGCCAGGUUAAUUAGCUUCUUUUGUGUAGAAGUAGUGCUACCAAAAUGUAUAACUAGUCCAUUUUCUUGUGUUUUAUUUUCUCUCGUUCUCGCUCAGUCUCAAUCCAUCAA